AUGAAGAUGCCGAUGCCGACACCGACACCGACGCCGACGCCUACGGCAGGCAACGAGCGACGAGCACCAGCAGAAAAUCACAAUCUCUUAUCCCUCGCGCCAGUCACAAAUACAGUAAAUCUUGGGUCAUUGCCCAUCGAUUUCGUGGCGCCGAGCUCAUGCUCUAAUUGGCAUAUGGAUGGUAAUUUCAAAGGGGAGAACAAGGACAGCGACAAGACGUCGCAAGUGUACCAGCUCGAUGUUUCCAACGCACCGGCUUGUAUGCCUACGUCCUACGCAGAAGUUUACAGCAAAGGCUCCGCGCCGGUAUUUUCAUUGGGACAGGCUUGCCCAACCGGUUUUCAGGCCGCGUGUACCAUGGUUGCAAGCAAUGGUUUGGACAUGAGUAAUCUGUCCGAGUGGGAUGCUCUGAAGCCGGGCGAAACGGCAAUCGGGUGCUGCCAACCUGGCUUUAUAUGUGACAAGGACGUUGCACACCGAUAUCUGUGCGUGUCGACGGCUACGCUGGGCCAAGUUGUCGUAGGAACCAAUGUGUUUAGUUCGUCGAUAACACAAACGCAAACAUUUACCGUCGACCCGACGCUGGCUGCCACAGCGUACGCCAUGCAGCUUAUUUAUAUCCGGCAGACUGGGCCGCUGCUAGCGGAUACAGCAACGCCGGCGCCAUCGAAUCCAACAACAGUUGCUAAGCCGUCGGCCACGGCGUCAUCGGACGAUGGAUUAUCAGCCGGAACCAAGGCGGCCAUCGGUAUCGGAGUUGCCGUGGGCGUGUUGUUGCUUGUUGCAGCAGGAUGGCUCAUCAGCCGACGCUGUGUCAAGCGCAAGAGAAAGGAAUACAGCAUUCGCGAAGAAUCUGUAUUUCUGCGGACAGGCGACCAGUCUGGCGCUGUAUCGAAGGCCAGCGGACGACGAUACACCGAGGAGGAAUGGGUAGCGCUCCAUUCCAAAGAAGCGUCUCUCAAGGACAACAACUCCAAGAAGGACUGGCCGCUAUACGGCAAGCCCAUCGACAUAUCGGGUCACGUUGAAGUGCCUGGACACGACAUCCCCGUUGAACUCCCGGCCGUGGUGCCCAGUUCGUGGGCCAACAAGGCGCUGCCAACAGUGCCAGUAAUUCCCGAAUCGCCCUCCAAGGAGCAAAUCUAA